AUGUUGUUGGAGCGCAGCCACUGUUUCAUAUUGGCCUCCCACCUCAAAUACAUCUCCGGGUUCUUACUAGAACCUGAUGAAUUUGCUUUCGGUAUGAGGCAACUCCGUGGUGGCUGGACUUCUCUUCGUGCCUUGGGGAAUUGUAUUGAUAAUCUGCAUAAUCAUUCUCUUCAAAGAAAUACGAAUUUGCUUGAAUCCAAGUGGCUUGGGGCGUGUAGGUAUAUGACUCGGUGUGUUGUUGGCUUGAAAGAUAAUGGUCGGAUGGCUCUGGUUCAAGAUCAUCAUCUUCUGGUUCUUCUCCGCAAUAAGGAUCAGAAGUCCCCUCCUCGUACCAUGUUUGUUUCCCAUAUUAAUCCUCUUCUUCGUUCAUGCCCUGGUACUCAUCUUCUUGGUUCCAUUCAGUCUCAUAAUGGAAAACCUCCACUUUCUCUAUGUAAUAGGACACCAUAG